AGGUAUCAUCGCCUCAACUGUUUAUUGGCUUUGCAAGAAUGACUUUUUAAAUUAUAUAUCAACGCAAUUGAUUAUUUUAGGUUAUGUGGAUAAUGCUUUUUUAUUCUGUUUCGUUAAAAAAAAGUGCACACACUUUGAUUCGGUCCUGAAAAAUAGCAGACCGCGUUAAGCGUUCACUUCAAGUGCAUCUGAUGAUGGAGCUGGAGUCUCAGUGAAUGCCCCGCAGCAGCUUUACAUACAGCUCAAAGUCAACACACUUAACAUUAGACAUUCACUGUACAGCACACACGCAGACAAACACCGUUAAGGGCAAUCGGGAAUUUUUCUACGCGCUUUUCGUUUUUAGAGAGAGAGGGAGAGAGAGAGAGAGAGUUGAGAUCUUCACUCUUCACGUGAAUGCACUCGUUAUACAGGGAUCAGCGCGCGAACAUGCUGUGGAAACUGGUGGAAAAUGUCAAAUAUGAAGAUAUAUACGAGGACCGCCAUGAUGGGGUACAGAGCCACAGUUCCAGACUGUCCCAGCUGGGGUCGGUCUCUCAGGGUCCGUACUCCAGCGCUCCGCCGCUCUCUCACACACCUUCCUCGGACUUCCAACCACCGUACUUUCCGCCUCCGUACCAGCCGCUGCCGUAUCACCAGAGUCAGGACCCGUACUCACACGUCAGUGACCCGUACUCCCUGAACGCUCUUCACCAGUCCCAGCAGCACCCGUGGGGCUCCCGUCAGCGGCAGGACGUGGGCACGGAGAGCGGAGGUUUACUGCCGCAGCCUCGAGCCUCUUUACCGCAGCUCUCGGGUCUGGACCCCCGGAGGGACUACUCCACCAUGCGCCGACCGGACGUGCUGCUCCACUCCACGCAUCACGGGCUCGAGGCGGGGAUGGGAGACGGUCUGUCCCUUCAUGGCCUGGGGCACGGCAUGGAUGAUGUGCAGGCUGUGGAGGACGCAAACAACGGGAUGAACAUCCUGGAUCAGUCAGUUAUUAAAAAAGUUUUCUGUGUCUCUCGCACAGUUCCAGUUCCACAUAAGAGCGUCACUUCUCUGAUGAUGAACAAAGACGGUCUAAUCGGCGGGAUCACCGUGAACGUCAACGAGGUCUUCUGCUCGGUUCCCGGCCGCUUGUCGCUUCUUAGCUCCACAUCCAAAUACAAAGUGACGGUUGGCGAGGUCCAGCGGCGCCUUUCUCCGCCAGAGUGCCUCAACGCCUCUCUGCUGGGCGGGGUCCUACGGAGAGCGAAGUCGAAAAAUGGCGGGAGAUCACUGAGGGAAAAGCUGGAGAAAAUCGGCUUGAAUUUGCCCGCGGGGAGACGCAAAGCAGCAAAUGUCACUUUACUGACGUCUCUAGUAGAAGGAGAAGCUGUUCAUUUGGCUCGCGACUUCGGCUACAUUUGUGAAACUGAAUUUCCCACAAAGGCCGUGUCUGAAUACCUGAACAGACAGCACACAGAUCCAAACGAACUGCACUCGCGAAAAAACAUGCUGCUCGCCACAAAGCAAUUAUGUAAGGAGUUCACAGACCUGUUAGCUCAAGAUCGCACUCCAUUGGGAAACUCUCGGCCUACAUCCAUCCUGGAGCCAGGAAUCCAGAGCUGCCUGUCACACUUUAGCUUCAUCACACACGGUUUUGGUUCUCCAGCCAUCUGCGCCGCCCUCACAGCUUUGCAGAAUUACCUGACUGAAGCCCUUAAAAGCCUCGACAAGAUGUUCCUGAACAACCCCACUCCAAACCGACACACACCUGCAGACGGCUCCAAAGGAGCUGGAGAGAAAGAGGAAAAACACAGGAAAUGAAUUGUGGAAAUAUGAUAUCAAGGAAGGAGAGUCAUUGGAGAUGUUCAGAGAUUCUAGUUUUAUGACACUGCGUUUUACAUUCUGGAUUGAAGAUGGAGAGUGGACAACAGAUCAUGGGAAAUGAAAGGAACAAGACCAUAAAAGAGACUGGAAGACACGAGUCUGCUGUGACACGUUCACCAUCUUCAUCUCAUUCGUGUGCGAGUGUGAAAAUAUUCGAGGAGUGUUUGUGAGUGUGAUUUUGUGUAUCAAAAGAAUGACAUUUUACAUGAUGUUAGACGCAGGCAGUCCUUUACACACAACGUAAAUCUGAUACCUAAUAUUCGAGUGAUCAUCAGUAUAAUGGCCAGCACACAGGAGCACAGGUUUGUUGGGAUGCUGGUGGAGACAUUAUCAACUACUAUAUUUAAUUAUACUUAUUAUACAAAAUUAUAGGUGCACAGUUCUGUAAUAUUAAGUACAUUCCAUUCAACUUUCACCAAAACUACACCCGCAGUAAAACAAUCAUCUGUCCCUAAAAGAAAAAAUUUGCUCCACAUAGAUUUAAAAGAGACAGAAUAUUCAAAUAUGAGAUUUUAUUGCAUUUAGUAACACAUGCGGUGCAUUAAAAUGGAGUCUUAUCCAAAAAGAGGCUGUAAAUGUGCAACUAUUUGUGCUACAGCAAAGCAUAAUGCUAUUUAUGGUUUAGUCCAUCAUGUGACAUCUAUCACAGAUUUACCAUCUGACAGCCCAUUACAUACACAUAUACUUUACAUAAACACAGCAAUUCAUUAGAAUCUAAGUUCUCAGUCUGAGAUUUAACAUAUUCUUUAAAGCACCUUGGGCGAUAUUCAGAAUAGGAUGAAUGAACAGGAAAAUUUUGUAUUUUUUUGGUUGUAUUUCUUUGUAUCUGAAACUGCUAUUGCUUGUGCUGUCUUGGCCAUUUGGUUGUGAAAAUGUGAGGACAUAUUCCGACACACCAAUCAUCUGAUCAACUGAAUCAACAAUUUCAAUGAUAAUUCAUCUAUGUAUUUUUUUUUUAAUAUAUGCAAACAUUUACACAGAGCGAAAUCAAUAUAGGACAAAGAAAACACAUUUUAUAGCCUGAAUAUUGUUUAUUGGUUUUACAACCCACAUCAGGUGAAUGGAAGAUUGCUUUAAUCAAAAAAAAAAAAAAUAGACAUAAAAAGGGUCCCGAAUUUGUGCCCUUAGAACCGAGGUGACCGCGCGUGCUGGAACACGGCCACGCGCACUCGCGCAGCCUUUUCGCGCUCGCCUCAGCCGUCGAGAGUGCGCACUUUCAGUUCCGCAAACUGGAUUAUAGCCUGUCUGUCAAAGUAAAUAUUUGGUUAACUGUGUGAGGAAGGUUCUUUUAUUUAUGUCUGUAUAUAUUUAUUUAUGCCUAAUUUAAUGGGCGAUUGUACAUAUAGACUGGGUCGUCUAUCUGUGACUGUCUCUGUGUGGGUGAACGCUUGUUUUAGAUAGCAUCCUGUAUUUUUUUGUUUCAUGGAUACGGUGUUAUGUGGUGAAGGCUAGAAGUUGGUUCUUGUCUGGUGAUUUUCAUUUACCUCGAAAUAUGAAUAAAUCGUGUGUUUUAUUGUA